AUGCUACAAAAACAUCAGCAACGAAUGCGUGCAAUUUUAUUGGAUAGGCUAUGCGAGGUGUGCGAAGUAUAUAAAUUACAUCGUGAAACAUAUUACUUGGCCUUAGACUAUUUGGAUCGAUAUCUAUCGACAAUAGUUAGCAUUUCGAAAACAUUGUUGAAAUUGAUUGGCAUCACAUGCCUAUUUAUUGCGGCCAAAGUUGAAGAAAUCUACCCGCCGAAAUUAAGCGAAUUUGUCUCUGUCACGGAAGGUGUAUGCAGCGAAGAGGAUAUUCUGAAACAAGAACUCGUCAUACUCAGUGCACUGCAAUGGCAAACCAGCCCAAUCACAAUCAUCGGAUGGCUUGGCAUUUAUAUGCAACUUCAAGUUAGCAACCGAACACCAAAGACAUAUGAAGAAACACCACAGAAACAAGUCCUGAAAAAUUCAACAGCAACACAGACAUCACACAAUGAAAAAACGUCGGCCACGAACAAUGGCAUCGAUGAUGGUUUCGUUUUUCCACAAUUUUCCGGAAUGGAGUACGCACAAACCGCACAACUUAUUGAUCUCUGUACGCUUGAUGUUGAAAUUGUCAAUUUUCCAUACUCAGUUAUUGCAGCCGCUGCCAUUAGUCACACAUUUAACAAGGAAAUUGCUAUUAAAUUUUCAUGUAUAAAAUGGGGAAUGAUAGCUCCGUGCUAUCGAUGUAUGAAACCAUAUUUUCAAGUAAUUUUGAAAAAACCAAAACUAUUUUUGCUCGAGGAAAACGAUCAAAUUGAAUCCAUGCACUGUAACGAUGGAUAUGUUUGA